AUGAAUACGCAACGGCUGAGAUUGGUGGAUGACUCCACUUUGCUCGACUUCUACCAGCUGCGGACGCUCGAUCCCGAAGAUUACGCUGGUGCAUCGACCGGGUCGAAUCCGAUUGUGCAGGACGAGGACAUCGACCUGGACGAAAUCGCCAGAAAGAUCCCCAAGGAACAGCUCAACAAGUUUCUAACAGACCAGCCCGACGAGCCCGUCGCACAGAGCCGGCGGUCGGCGUUGAACGUGGGCGACCCUCUAGGGUUCCAUGAGUCCGUUCUGGACGAAUUGAUCGACAAGGACGUGAUCGACGACUCCAGAGACCCCAAGAAGACCAAGUAUUUGGUCGAUUCCAAGGCCUUCAAUGCCCGGCUGUUUCUCACCACCAUUCACAAGGAUAAAACGUACAAGGAGCUCGUCCAGAGUGUUUCAUACUUGGAGAAGAGCUUGCAGGUCCAGAAACCACAGCUACAGAAACUUAUUGGAGAGAACUUCCAAAAGGCCAUCGAUAACAAGAAACUGCUGGACGAGAUCUACAGCGAGUACUCGAUGAGCAAUUUGUCCGAAAACGUUUCGAACCUGAGCGAGUCGAUUGCCAAGGCGAACGUUUCGUCCACGAUGAUGUUGAACCCGGUUCUGGACGGACUGGAUCGUGCGAAUGAAAUCGAAAACUUCCUCUCGUUGCUUACAAACAACAGCGUAUUGCUUGAUCUUCCAAAGAAAUUUACUGAGUUGGUCUCAAUUGGCGACUUCGACUCGAUCUUGACAGAGUACAACUCCGGGAAGAAGGUGUACCAGGCGUCUUUGCGGAACAAUCCUAGCAACAGACCUGUUCUCGACAGGAUCUGGCUGGAAGUGGAGGACAUUUUAUCAGGAUACAAGAAACAGUUGUGGGAGAAGCUGGGAAACGUGCAUAUUGAGAACGUCGAGCUUUCCAGUGCACAGACAGACCAAUCGUUCCUCCCAACGAUCAAGAAACUGCUGGAACUUGGUGUUGAUGAAAACCCAAUACCGUACUUCCUGAAUCUGGAAUACAACUACAUCAAAGAUACGAUCGACGGCGAUCUGACCAAAGUGCAGCUAUCGCGAUUCCUGAAAGCUCGCGAAAACCUUUCCAAAACGUACAGCAGCGAAGACAGUUCAAAGAUAUCCAUGUCCACUCUUAGACGCACGCAUCUUUCUCUUGCGGAUCAUGCGAGCGAGGACGAGAUCUACGAUCUUCCUCUUGUGGCGGACCUGUGGGGGUUCCUGUGCGCGUAUGUGAAUGAGCUCACCGAAGAGAUUAUCAGCGACAGGUUCUACAAGUUCACGAGCAUGCUGGACUUUUUCGUCCACUCCGAUCUCGAGGAGGAGCUCGCCAUCAAGAACCCCGAGUCUCGCAAGUUCCUGCGGUUCGAAAGCUACGAGAUCAAACGGUUCAACGAGUACGUGAAGACGCUAAGCGAGAAGCUGUGUUACCAGCUGCGAUUUAUAUUCGACGCCACGAGCGCGCAGCUCAGCAUGGCCGGCUCCAAAAUCAACUUUGACCAGAACUUGCACAAAAACCUGUUUGACCUGGACUCGUUUGGGUUCAUCCCGCCUCACUCGUCUGUGCUGACCACGCUGACCAACUGCAUCAAUCUCCAACGCGACUUGGAGAAGAAUAUUGCCAAACUGAGCAAGAAAACUUCUGUCGAGUAUGACCUGUUUCUGUCCACCAUGCAGCGGAUCAACACCAAUUUCGUCGACGGUGUGCUGUGCGUUCUGAUCAACGACUCCAAACGACUCAAGUACAUCGAGGACUGGGAGCCAAGCACCGUCAAUAAAGGUUGUACCAAGACCGCAGACUAUCUGUGGAAUUUCUACCAGCUGCUGAUUCCAAAACUGCACACUCUGAUCAAGCCAAGCGACGAGGAGUCCUUUGAGGCGGUGAAGAAACAGUUCAUUGCCUCGUUCGACAUCAUCGUCGACAACCAGGCGGAGUCGCUCAAGACGAGUGCCCAGAACGAAGAGCUACGCGACUUGUACUACCCGGCCACGUUGAGCAACCUGUCUCUGUUCAAGCUGCGUCUGCUGCCGCGGAUUCUGAAACUGUUCGACACCAAAUUCGGCACGUCGUUCUCCACGUCAAGUCUGGACGUGUAUGGCAAGAUCGAGAAGUACGAGUCCGACAUCUACGCCGAGUAUAUCUCCCAAUACAAGACCCAGCUUGAGGAGACAAUUUUGCAAGGAAUCAAGAGCGUGGACUGGUUCCAGUUUUCUGCCAAACAAAUUCUUGUGUCUGGGUUUGUUCUCAAACCUAUCAACCUGAUCACCAUUGUGAUGUCAAAGCUGCUGAGCCACAAGUCCAACAUCAACUACAUCAUGAAGAUCGAGCUCGAUUUGAUCAACCACUUCAUCUUCAAGCUCAUCGAGAGCUUGAAACAUAUCCAGCAGUUCAACUCCAGCGGCCUGCUGCAAAUAAGCGUCGACUUGCGGUUCCUGGUGGAGGUGUUCCAGCACUUCAACCAGUCUGGCCUAAAAGAACAGAUCAAUUUGGACAGACUAAUCACCGUGUCUGAUAGGUUCUCCAACAAAAACACAAAGUACGCCAACGAGAUCAACGAUAUUGUCAGAUCAAACCUCCAAUCCAACAAGGCCCAGAUGGACUGCUUCUAUAGAUUGUGA